AUGGGCUUAGCAACAGUAAUUGAAAAUGAGGCACAUUUCCAAUCUGAAAUGGCUAACGCUGGGACAAAGCUAGUUGUCGUGGACUUUACUGCUUCUUGGUGUGGACCAUGCCAACGUAUUGCACCGAUUUUCGAGCAGCUACCAGCGAAGUUCCCCAGAGCAGUAUUUUUGAAAGUGGAUGUGGAUAGAUGUGCGGAGACCGCAAGUGCCCAAGGCGUAAGCGCUAUGCCUACGUUCAUUUUCUACAGAAAUAGAACAAAAAUUGAUCGGCUGCAAGGUGCUGACCCAGCUUCUUUAGAAAAUAAAGUUAGGCAAUAUUAUGGCACUGAUGAUGCAGGUGAAGAAGAUAGUGCUGUUGCUGGUCAUAUGGAUUUAAUAACAUUCGUCACAAAAAGUGAAUGUGAAUGUUUGAAUGAAGCAGAUGAUCAUCCACUGGGUCAUGCUCUCACCAGUGGUGGAGGAUAUCUUGCCAGUGACUGUGAUGAACAACUCAUCAUCAACAUUGCCUUUAAUCAAUUGGUGAAACUGCAUUCACUAAAAAUCAAGGGCCCGGCUGAUAAGGGACCCAAGACUGUUAAACUCUUCAUCAAUCAGCCAAGAACACUGGACUUUGACCAAGCAUCUGGAAACACAUCUGUGCAAGAUUUGGAAUUUACUUCAAGUGACUUGGAAGGCAACCCAGUUCCCUUGAGAUUUGUCAAAUUUCAAAAUGUGCAGAACAUUCAACUGUUCAUAAAGGACAACCAGUCUGGUGGAGAAGUUACACAGAUUGACCAUCUGGCUUUCUACGGUUCUCCAAUCUCUACUACCAACAUGGGAGAAUUCAAGAGAGUGGCAGGAAAGAAAGGAGAAAGUCACUAA